CCUUUAACCUUUGGGAUUUAUUUAGCCGAUGGGGUCACGUCAUGUUGUGCAACAGCUGUGAUGUAAAAGAAAAAGAUUAAUUUGGAAAGUGGAGCUUUUUAAAGUCAGGUUUGGAGAGAGCAGACUGCUCUUUGCGUUUCGGACUGAUAGGGAGGGUCCUCAAAAGGAAAUUACAGACUUCUUUUACUUUAUUUAAAAAAAAACAAACAGUGAGUGUUUGAAGAACGUAAAGAUGAUGUUUUCUUGGUUUAGAUUUUUACUGUGUAGCCUGGAUUUCGUCAGCACAGCAGCAGCAGUAGCUAGCUUCGAUACUGGGCAUAUAAUGCCAAUUGAAAGCAACACUCUGACCAGAGAGCUCCAUGUCCCUGACCUCGAUGAGUAUGACUACACUGAGCUUGAAGACUAUGGCGAUGAUGAAGACAACUAUGGCUUCGUAGAAGACAUGUUUGUAAACAAGAAGCCAUUUGCAGCACCCCAGAGCCCAGAGUCCAUACGUAAGAAAUUCAGGGGUAAAUCUCGGAUCCAACGCCUGUCCUUGGUCAACACCAAUUUUGCAUUUAACUUCUACAGGGCCUUGCUGAGGUCCCAGCCAGCUUCCAAGAACGUGGUCUUCUCUCCUUUCGGGCUCUCCAGCAUGAUGGCAAUGGUCAUGGUAGGAACUUCCAACAGGACACAGGAACAGAUCUCCCAAGUUCUGGGCUUUGACCAUUUUGUCACCUCCAAGCCAGGGGUUACAGGAAAUGAGGUGCUGCAAGACAUCUUCCAUAAGCUCAUCCACAGGCUCUUCAAGCACGAUUUUGGAUACACGCUAAAAGAUUUCUCUGGCAUCUUCGUCAGGGAAGGGCUGAAGAUUCGGAAACCCUUCAGGGAGUGGUUGAAGAAUUACUACGGGGCACACACACAGUCUGUGGACUUUUCGGACCCCCAGGCUCUCACCAAGCUCAAUCAGCUGAUUGUGAAGACCACCAAGGGGAAGCUUCAAGACGUGGUGGGAGACAUUGACCCCCAGACUGUGAUGCUCAUUUAUCAAGCAUUACACUUCAAAGGCUCGUGGGAGCAUAAAUUUAUUAAAAGCAAAACCGCCAUGCUCCAGUUCCACACUGGCAAGGCGACAGUGGUGAAGGUGCCAAUGAUGUACGUCAGAGCGACCAUGCAGGCCACCACGGAUCAUACCCAUGAGUGUGACGUUAUCAGCCUGCCAUACAGUGCCAACGCCAGCAUGCUGCUUGUAGUUCCAUAUAAAACCUUCGGCCUGAGGCACAUUGAGAGAGAACUCAGCUGGGAAAUGGUUGACAACUGGCUCAAGGAGAUGACCAACAGGACAAGGGAGGUCUAUAUUCCAAAGUUCACUCUACAUGGCAACUAUGAUUUAAUUGAAAUGUUUGAAGGUCUGGGCGUGACUGAUCUCUUCCACAACAAAGCAGAUCUGUCUGGUAUUUGUGAACACAGAAAUUUGUAUGUUAACUCGCUGAAGCAACAUGUUGCACUGAAGGUGGAUGAGGAAGGAAGUGAAGUUGCUGCUGUCUCUCUUUCUGGUUUCAUGCCUCUCUCUUCACAGGCCAAAUUUAUGGCCAAUCGCCCAUUCCUAUUCCUUAUCCUUGAGCAUCACACCCAAUCACUGCUGUUCAUGGGGCGAGUAAUGAACCCUUUAAACCAAUAGAUGGAAGGCAAUAGGCAUGGCCAUGGAAAGUCUGGCAGACGUAAAGGUAUAUUAUGUUAAAUGUAGAGGCCAGAGAAUUCCCAAACUAACCACUGCAUAGCUUAAUUAUUCACUUUACGUUGUCUGUUCUUACAUGGUACGACAAUUUGCUGAAGAUUAUUAGUUUCUAAGCCCUGUUGGAAGUAUUUUCUUCAGAAAAAUAAUGUGGUUGGAAAGUCAAAAUGAGGGGACAACAAAAUCUGCAUCCCAGAAUCUCGGAACAGGACAAUGCUGGUGUGUAGUUAUACUCCAUUGUGUCCCUAAAUGCACUGCAUUUAUACUUACGUUUGGACAUUUCCCCUUCACUUUGCAGAGUACGCUGGCUUAUUUGAUGUUUUUUGCCUCUGCCAGGAGAUCACAAAGUUUCAGCUGGGGUUAUUGGAUUGACACAAGAUAUCAAUUGCACAGGACAAGCUGGGUGAAUCAGAGGGUGUUGUCCAUUAUUGUCCAUCUUUCUGCUCAAUCAGUCCCUACUAAGCUUUCUGGCCUUAGCUAGGAAGCAGUUAAGAAGCUACAAUUGGCCUCAGCACUGCAUAAUAAAUGUGAUAAACUGCGUACAAAAGGUAAUAAAUGAUGGGGUUCCCUUCUUCUUAUUGCUAUCCUUGUGUGUAUGUAAAUGACAGGUGAGGAAAGGAUCAAGCUUACCCGUGAUGCCUUCCAAGACUGAACAACCUGCUGACAGUCUCUGCACAGACAGAGAAUGUCCAUUCAGGUAAAGAAUGGAGUGAGAUAUUGGCUGACUCACAACCAUAACCGUUCAAGUUAAGACUCCUAUUUUUAUCAAAUAGUUGGGCACGUCUUUGGAGCAAGUGAGUAUGAAUUAAACUGGAAAAUAAUUUGGUUUUAGGCAGGGGAUAUUAUAUAUUGAAGAAUAUCCUUUCUAUCUUCUUCAGUUCUUUGCCCAAAAACAGGUAAAACUCACAGCACCUCAAUCACCAUCACAGGUUAGGGCAAGGAUGUAGGUCCCAAAUCCAUGCUAACCAGAUCAUCCAUCUGAUCUACACCGGUCAUCCAGAUCCCUAAAGAAUUCACACUGCCAUGGCAACAUUCACAUUCUUGUCUACAGCAAUGAAUAGUUUAUUCAGUUCACAUGGCUCUUCCUCCUUCCAAUUGGCAUGUUUGGUAGGAUUUGCAAGUCAAUCCUCAACCUGUUUGGCCAUAUUAUGAAGACACCUUCCGUGACCAUCGUAUCCUGGAGUUGAGACUCGAACCCAGAGUUUCUGAAUUAGUGACGCAUAUCACUGCACUACAAGACUUCUAUUCCCUCUGUAUCAUGCUCCUUACAAAACAAUUAUAAUAAUUUCAAUUUGUGAAUUUCUUAUGCUUUAGUAGUAGACAUUGAUUUCAAAUAAUUCUCAAUAUGUUUGGCCAUCUUUUAAAUGGUUAUGGCUAUGUAGUGGUAAGGGUACCAGACUAGCAAAUCCCAAAACAUCAAGUGAUAAAAUAGAAAUAAAUUCAAUAAAUCUGCUGAUUUGUGGGUGAGCAGCAGGAAAAGAAUUGUGAAAAUUGUUGAGGAGACUCAACUUCUUCACUCAUAUCUUUCAGAUAAAGGAAUCUGCCACCCACAAGCAGCAUGAUCUCUACCAUCCCAUACUCUGUGGUUGACUUGUAAUGCCCUCCAAACUGGCAUAACUGAACAUGUUAAUCAGUGGUUCAUCUACCUUCUCAGGGUAACCAUGGAGAUGAUUUUGUUUGCCUGCAUCACCUACAUCCCUGAUUGUCAACUAGACUUUUCAGAUAUUUAUUAUACUUUGUGAUGAAGACAAAUGUGUCUUUCCAGGAGAGACUGGCAUUGCCCACACAGAUUGUGCUCUGCAACAGUGAUUGUAAAACCUUUCCAGAAAACAACAGUUUGAAAUUAAAGCCCAUUGCUUUGUAUGGUCCAAAAAUAUAUACAGUUUAAGUUUAAAACAUAUAUAUUACAGCAGACAUGAAUAUAUUUCAGAUUGUUUGGUCAACAUUAAUGUUCAAGUUGAUAUUUCCGGUACUUUUGGUUUACUUUUUUUUGGACAAAGACCAUAUGAUUCAGUUAACUUCUUUGGUCACUAAACCAAUCAUGGUUGAGGCUGUAUUUGUUUUGCUUGAUGAGGACUUAUUUGGAACUUACUUUCAUGUGUGUUUUGCAUAAGUUUUAAAAUAGAAAAAUACUACAAAUGAUAGCAGCGAUGAUUUCGGUGCCUGCUUCCCCUAAUUUGCUGUGUGAAAGAUUUGGUAUCAAAUCCUGACGAUUCUGCAAUAAGAAUCAAUCACUCUAUUUAAAUCAAUUGAGUCAGUUUCAUUGUUAACUCACAUUUAAUCUGAUCAAUAAAUACAAUAAUGAGAAAUUUUAGCCUGUUUAUGUGCACUUGAUAUUUUGACUCAAUGGAUAAUAUUUUGGCAAUAGAUGUCAAGCUUGAAUAAUUGUGUUCUUUCUGGGUCUAUGUGUGGGCAGGACCUUCAUAGUGAACUCUUAUUUAACAAAGAAGGACGCUUACUUUUGUCUGGACAGGGUUCAAUGGUCCACUAUCAUGCCUCAAGUCAUGGCAAUUUGGGUCACAAAGCAAAGACAAUGCAGUUCAGUUUGCAACUACACUCAACACAGACUUGUCUGGAUUUAAUCGAGUACCUGGAGGUUGAGGAAAUGCUGUUCUUAUUGUUACUGUCCUGUUGGUGAAUAAUUUCUCAUUUAGAACACUAAACUUUGUUAUUAUCUGCAAUAUGUGCAAAUUAACACAAAUAUUGUUUCAAACUAAAUUUGGAGUCCCAAGGCUCCACUUUAGGCAACACAGUCUUUACCCAUUUCAAUGUCAUUUUGAAAUGCUCUCCAUAAAUACUGCACAUGGUUAUAACUCCCUCUCUCAACCUUCAAAAACCUCUUCAAAAUCAUGCUCUCUAAUCUUGAUUUAGCUGAUCAUCCUUAAUUCAUUUGCCUCCACCAUUCAUUGUCUGACUAUUCUUGCUGAUGUGAAGUGCUUUGCAAGUGCCAACAUGAACUGGAGGAGUCAAAAAGGACUGUAAAUCUAUUCAAGUUCAGAUCGUUGCUUUUGCUGGAAUUAUGCUUUCCCUUGCUGUCAAUUUAUUGAGUCUUCCAUAAUGUAUGUGAUUUGGGCAAGAUUUUCGGAGAUGUGUUCACGGCAUCUCAGAGGUGAUGUCAAACAUUGUCUGCAUGAAGGACCCUCAGAAACAGUAAUGUGAAAGAGCUUUCUCAUGCUUGGUUAUGCUCCUUCACCCAACCAGAGAGCCCCUUGUGCCAAAUUGUUUACUCUAAUUAUUUUUCUGGGCAGGGAGUCCAGAUAUCCAUUAUUCUCUUGAAACACCUGAGCCUCAGCUUGAAUGACAACUCUGACUAUUUGGUCUUGAUUAUCAAUAUAACAACAUCCAUUUACGUCAAGGUUUCAGGUUCAGCUAUUGAAACGUUAAAGGUUCUGGAUGAAUAACACUUUUAUUAGCAUAUAGUGAAAAGAGGUUUCUUGAAUAAAAUGGAAAAUUUUCAAUGAA